CGAAAUCACUGAUCCACAACCUUUGCACAUCGUGUGACUCCCACGAUACAAUAGCCUACGGGGUCGGAUAGGGCGGGUCCGCAGAUUUCGGGACCUAAAUUGCCGCCCGUGAUAGGUUGUUUUCCCUGUGAAUUUAUUAACUUUUUCACUUGACGUUGUUAAACUCAAUCACAUCACUUUUCUAGUAAAAUCAGUUACAGCAAUCGUGGCCGCCAAAACAGAUUCACGCUUGAUUUUCACGUACGGAACCCUAAAGCGCGGAUUCCCUAACCAUGGCCUGAUGGAAAAUCUUAUUAACGGGGGCGACGCUGUCUUGGUAGGCGAGUACACGACUGUGGAAGCUUUCCCACUCGUCUGUGGGCCCUACGGGAUCCCAUACCUGAUCAACAUCCGGGGAGCGGGUCAUCGGGUACAGGGCGAGAUGUACAAGGUAAAUGGAAGCGGACUUGGUCAGCUGGAUGAUUUGGAAGGGAUUGAGAUAGGCCACUACGAGAGGCUGCCGGUCAAUGUCGUCGGUGACUGCGGUGAGAAUGUGGCGUCGGAGGCGUAUUUUGCGCAUAGGAGCUUUGGGGAAGGGAUGUGGAAAAUGUGUGGACAAGUAGGGCUUGAGGAGUUUACUAUGGAAUUAUCGAAGAAAUAUGAGAGGAAAGAAGAUAGGCCUCCUAAUCGUGAUUAUCUUCAAGAUAUCAGAAAUUUUAUCUCUAAUGGUCAUUGACAUUAUAUAUAUUGUCAUCUUCUUCUGUUUUGUUUAUUGAUUUAAAUGUUUCACCUUAAUUUCACGUCUAUUUACUGAAACUGGGCCAUGUUUGCGUUAUGGUUUGUCAUAGUGGAGCACGAUUGGUGGUUAUGUCAUAUAACAGGUACAUGCUAAAGAGGAUGUUGGACAACUGGUUGUUCA